AUGCCCUUUGACCUCCUCCAUCUCCGCAUCGGCUCUUAUCGUAUCCAAGACAUCACCGCCAUUCUCCUCCUCUCGGUCCUCGUCACCUCUCUCAUCGUACGCUUCAUCCAAAAGAGAUUACAAUUAUCUACUCGAUCAUCGACGACGAAUCUCGAGCAUAAAUCGUCCGAGAGGAAACCAGGAGAAUGGAUCCCCUCCGACUUCAAACGACCCCCUGCAUCACCGUACCCAGACUGGGACGUGCACACCACCAAACCGAUCCCAUAUCGGCCUUUUCGAUACGGGCCGAAAUACUUCAUCACCAUGGGACUCCGAAGCAUGAACUGGGACGAGUGGAUCGAACUCGAUAAUCACUACAUUCGCUACCACGCCGAUAAAGCCCAGCGCAUUAAAGGUCGAGGCUCGAAGUGCUGUCGGACCGCGCCCGAGGCCAUGGAUGCGGCGAUUGAGCUGUUGGAGGAAUUAACAAACUACCUCCCCGAACGCUACCCAACCCUCUUCCACCGCACGCCCACCGGCCUCACCAACCUCCUCACCCACGAAACCUUCAACACCACAACGCUUCCCCUCCCCGAAGACCCGAUGACGAUCUGCGCGCGCCUCAUCCAAGACGACAUCGCAAUCAUGAUCGAGCGCCCCGACGGAGACUACUACCUCCUCGCCGGCGCAGUCCUCCUCGCCGGCUUCUGGCGCCUCGAAGACAAAUACGGUCUGCGUUUGUCCGAAAUCCACACGACCGGCAACGUGCCGGGCUACAAAACCAAGCUCGAAAAGGGGAUGAUGAAUUUCUUCCGGCGCCUGAAACCGUCCGACCCGGUGGUGAGGAAUAACUAUUUCAUCCAGGUCGAUGAACACCUGCCUUGGUCGAGUAGUAUCGGCGACGAGGAUAGCGAUGGCGUGGGGUGGAAUACGGCGGAGAAGAACAAGGCGAUAGAGAAUCAUUUCUUUAGGUCGGAGAGGCAGUCGCUACGGCGGUUGCCGAGGUCCGGGGGGGUGGUUUUUACGAUACGGACGUAUUUUGAGCCUGUGGUGGAGGUCGCGAAGGAGGAUUAUGUGCCGGGGAGGUUGGCGAGUGCGGUACGGAGUUGGGGGGAUGAUGUUGCUGUUUAUAAGGGGAGGGAGAGGUAUGGAGAGGUGUUGUUGGAGUAUUUGGAUCGGAUGCAUGAGGAGCAAGUUAAGAAUGGGUUGGAUGUCGAGGGGGAGGAGAAGAGGAAGUAUCCUUUUUGA